AUGGCGGAGAUGGUGGUGGAGAACGGGAUCACGGGCGGCGCGGAGCUGCGGGAGCUGCUGCAGCGGUUCCUGUCGCUCAACUCGGCGCGCUACCACCACCUCAUCCUCCGCGCCUUCGCCGACGUAUGGGAGGAGCUCUUCGCCGGCGACCCCACGCAGAUGCUGAAGCAGAAGCAGAAGCGUCCUGCUGUCUCCCCUGCCGGCCACAGCGCCCGGGCGAGCAGCUAG